UAGUCUGCCAAUAGGGCGUCAUGGCAACUGUAUAGGCUACUGAUGCUGUAAGCUAUUCAAUUUCGCCUGGAAAAAUACACUUCACUUCCAGAUAUUCACGUUCAUGGUUGUUAUUUGUUCAGAUUUUAUUAUUGGAUUCGUGCUUUCUACAACGUGCAUUAUACACUCUAUCCGCUGGGUUUUGAAGGCACUUGUAUGUUGCCUUUUUCACCACUUGUCGUCACUGUUGACCGUUAGUGUGAGAAAUGUUCACCAAUCUUGGUCCCUCCCGGUUUCAGAGGGAGAGGAGAUAUUUUGUGGCUUUGUUACAAAGAGACACAGGACGUGAGAGAGACCAGUCGGAGAAUAGAUCAGUCUGUUUAUACCUUCUACUAAUGUACUCGGAUUUGACAAAUACCUUAUUCAAAACUUGAUUUUUUUUUAACAUAAUUCCAUCUCUUUGGAUCUAUGCUUGGCGCACGUUCGAUGAAAUGAUGUCUUUACCGAAUAGAAGGAGCUCUAUUGUGACGUAUUUAGUGCUUGUGCUGCUGGAGUGUUACUGGGAAGCGGUGUCCGGGCAGCUCUCCUACUCCGUCUCAGAGGAGGUAAACCCGGGGACUUCCGUGGGAAAUAUCGCUAAGGAUCUAAACCUCAAUGUCCUGGAGUUGGAGUCUCGUAUGUUUCAGAUUGUCACCGGAUCCAAGAGAAAGUAUUUCGCGGUAAAUCUAAAGACUGGUGUUCUCUAUGUGAAUGAGAGAAUAGAUAGAGAGGAGCUCUGUGUGAAGGUUCCGAAAUGUACUGUCAGUGUAGAGGCCGUUAUCAACAAUCCGUUGAAGCUUUACCGUCUAGAAAUUAACAUUUUAGAUACAAAUGAUAAUGCACCGACUUUCACUGCUAAAUCACAAAGUAUAGACAUUGCAGAGAACGCGUUGCCUGGGGUUAAAUCCCCCCUACUAUCGGCCUAUGAUAAUGAUGUGGGGAAGAACGGUAUAAAUACAUACAAGCUUAGUUCUAAUGAAUAUUUUUCUCUAGCUACACACAAAGGAGGAGAGAGUGUGUCUGCUGAGUUGGUGCUGCAGAAAGCUUUAGACCGAGAGAAACAGCCAGUUAUCCAACUCACACUGACCGCUGUAGAUGGAGGAAACCCACCGAAGUCUGGUACUUCAGACAUAAUAAUUAAUGUGCUGGAUAUUAAUGAUAACACCCCGGUGUUUACAAAAUCGUUGUAUAAGACUCGAAUUUUGGAAAAUGUGCCGAUUGGAACAACAUUAUUAAGUCUUAACGCGACAGACGCAGAUGAAGGAACGAACAGUGAGAUAAUAUAUUCUCUGAGCAAAAAAGAUCAGGACCAUAUUUUAAAUGUUUUCUACAUUGACCCAAAUACAGGGACAAUAACAGUUCAAGGUGAAAUAGAUUUCGAGGAACACCCUGCCUUUGAGAUACGGGCGCAGGCGAGUGACAAAGGCCAGCCCCCGAUGGCAGCGCAUUGUAAAGUGCUGGUAGAAGUGGUGGACCUCAACGACAAUGCCCCUGAGAUCACUGUGACGUCACUCUUAGACACAGUGAAGGAGGAUGCGAAGGAGGGCACUGCCAUUGCUCUCGUGUCUAUUCUCGAUAAAGAUGGAGGCAAAAACGGCGUGGUUCAUUGUAAGGUUAAGAAUGAGGUCCCUUUUAAGUUAGAAACGAACUAUAAAAAUUAUUAUUCUUUAGUGGUCGUUGGGCCUCUUGACAGAGAGAGUGAUUCUCAGUAUAAUGUCACCAUCACAGCUACGGAUGAAGGGACCCCGCCUCUCUCCAGCACCAGCGUUGUUACUGUAGAGGUUUCUGAUGUGAAUGACAACGCUCCUCGCUUCUCAGAACCCGUUAUUAAUGUUUAUGUUAAAGAGAACAGUCCGAUAGGCGAGAUAAUCAAAACAGUGUCUGCAGUUGAUGUUGACGUCAAUGAAAAUAGUCAUGUGACCUACUCAUUCUUAGAGAGUAACAGCAACUCAGUACCGCUGUCUACAAUGGUCAAUAUAAACUCCCUGACUGGAGAUAUAGUCAGCCUGCUGUCUUUUAACUAUGAGGAGAUACAAACUUUUCAUUUUAAAGUUAAGGCCUCAGACUCUGGUGUUCCUCCUCUCAGCAGCAACGUGACUGUGAACGUUUUUAUCCUGGAUGAGAAUGACAACAGACCUGGGAUUCUCGCGCCCUAUUCUGAUCACGGCUCCGUUAACUCUGAGAACAUUCCCUAUUCUGCUGAAGCGGGCUACUUUGUUGCUAAGAUCAGGGCUGUAGACUCCGACUCUGGCUACAAUGCGCUACUUUCUUAUCACAUCUCUGAGCCCAAGGGAACCAACCUCUUCCGAAUCGGAACCAGCACCGGGGAACUAAGGACUAAGAGGCGAAUGAGUGACAAUGACCUGAAAACUCACCCGUUGGUCGUGGUGGUUUCUGAUAACGGAGAACCCUCACUGUCAGCGACUGUGUCUAUUGAUGUAGUGGUGGUUGAAAGUACAGGUGAAAUCCAGACUCAAUACAGAAACGUACCGAGAAAGGAGGAGAGCUUCUCUGAUUUAAACCUGUAUUUGCUGAUCGCCAUUGCCUCGGUGUCAGUGAUAUUUUUACUGAGCCUCAUCAGUUUAAUCGCUGUAAAAUGCCACAGGACAGACGACAGUUUCAAAAGGUACAGCGCCCCAAUGAUCACCACACACCCUGACGGGAGCUGGUCUUACUCUAAAUCUACUCAGCAGUAUGACGUGUGUUUCAGCUCAGACACACUGAAGAGUGACGUAGUGGUUUUCCCCGCGCCGUAUCCACCUGCAGAUGCAGAACUGAUCAGUAUUAAUGGAAAUGACACGUUUAACAGGACUCAGACAUUACCCAACAAAGACAAGGUAAGAAAUUAAGUUUUCACCUGUACC